CUCUGAAAGAAACAAAGUGUAAGGCGAGGAGAAAAGCGGCUUUGCGUCUACAGAAUUUCGAGUCAGGACGAAGAAAAAAAACAUCCCUCGUUUCUCUGGAGAGCGGUGAAGUUUUAGGGUCGCUCGCGCCUUGGGCUUGAAACUAACUUCCCGCCCGCUGGGCUCAUCUCACUCUUGAACGAGACGAGAACCGCAAAGCCAGGCCUGUGCCUGGGAGCGAGAGCGGGCGGGCUGACGAAAGUCUAGAGACUCUGGCCGGUCACUUGCAGCUGCUCAGCCCGCAAGAAGAAGAAGGGAAAAAAGAACGAAAGAAAGGAGGAAAAACUUUUUUGGGCGUCAGUUGAGAAUGAGGCCGCCGCCCGCCCCGCGCGUUGCAAGAGCCGCGGGAGCAGCCCGGAGGAGCCCCGCGUGGAGGUGGCGGCGUCGGUGAGGGGCAAAGAAAGGAGAAGAAAAAGGGGGGAAACCAGGAGGGAGCCCGCUCCAAAUUCCCGACCGACUCUCCUGCCCGCCCGCCUGUCUUUCACGUUGCUUCUUCUCACGGUUUGCUGGGAACUCUUCUCUUCUUGCCCCGACGACGGGGAGCCGUUUGGCCUUCUUCACACCCACCCCCAGACCUCAACCGACACUCCCCUCCCCGUUUGCAAGCGGAGCCGGACGCUCAACUCCUUCUCUCGUCCUCUGCCCCCGUCCUGGGAUUUCAUCGUCGGAUUUAACAUCUCCCCCCGCCCUCCCCCCCGCCGCCGCCGCCCGGGUCCAUUUCGCAGACCUCUGGGCCCCUCGUGGCUCGCGUCCUUCUCCCCGAUGGCCGAACCCCGCGCUUGGGUCCGUUGGUGCCCCCAGCCCUCCUCGCCCCCCGCUCGGCCUUUCGCCAGGACUCCAUGUGCUUAACCCGACAUCCAACUCUCUGCCAACUCUCACUGACGCUUCCGGGGGGGAAAACGGACCCCCCCGCCCCAAACCCUCUCUCUCACCAGAAGGCUCAGACACUCCUCUGUUUCCCUUCUCCGAAUAUAUUUUUCCCCUCCUUUGAACCUUGUGGCGUUAUGAGGUCUUUGCUCGGAGUGCUGUCCAAGUUUCCUGCUGGGACGGAAGAGGCUGUUGCGGCCGCUGAUUUUUGCUUCUGGGUUGCGUUGUAAAGUUUUUGAGGCUUGCAGAGAGAUGUAGCUCGGGAGGUUUGUCACUCCUUUGGACCUGCCUGGAGAAACGGGGACCGUGCCAGACCAGUGGAGAUAUUUGUAAGACUUUUCCCUGGGUGGGAUUCCCACUCGUUUUGAAAUACAGGGAGAGAAAUACCCCGAGCAGCGAUAUUGGAACUGGGGUUUGAGUGAAUUUAAGAAGACCCCAUGACAAGCUGAAAUAAAGCUUGUGCGGCUCUUAGGGCGAUUGUUUUUCUUUCCCCGCGGAUCUCUGCAAGUGGAGAAAUAGCCGUAUAGGAUGACAUCGCGUGUGGAUCCCAGGAUUAAACAAGCAUUACGGAAAAAACCAUCAGAAAGAACUCAAGAGGAAUUAAAUACUAUAUAUUACUAUCUUCAUGGAAUGGACAUACUGUCAAAUCUCAGGGAACAUCAGUUAAGAAUUAUGACUUCAAGUGCACGUUACAAAAGGUACGAAGGAAAUCAAGUUCUGUUUUGUUCAGACACUAUUGCAAGAUGCUGGUAUAUUCUUCUUUCUGGAUCUGUGCUCAUGAAGGACUCAAUGUUUUUGCCACCUUGCAGCUUUGGCAAGCAAUCUGGAGGAAAGCGAGGUUGUGAGUGUAUUGUACUGGAGCCUUCUGAAAUGAUUGUGGUGGAGAACUCAAAAGAGAACGAAGACAACAUCCUUCAGAGGGAAGCGCCCCGUCGACAAUCUCGGCGGAGAUUUAGGAAAAUUAACCUGAAGGGAGAGCGCCAGACCAUCACAGACAAUGUGGAUGUUAGCAGCUACCUGUCACUUCCAGCAGACUUUACCAAAAUGCACCUCACAGAUGGUCAACACCCACAGGUCACACAUGUCCCUUCAAGCCAGUCCGGUUGCAGCAUUGCCAGUGAUUCUGGAAGUAGCAGUUUAUCUGACAUCUAUCAGGCUACUGAAAGUGAAAUGGGAGAUGUAGAUUUAACUGGGCUCCCAGAGGCACCAGUAGAUUCUGAAGAAGAAGAAGAAGAGGAUGAAGAUAUUGACAGAACUUCAGAUCCAUUGCUAGGGCGAGAUGUUGUACGGGAGUGCCUUGAAAAAGAGCCAGCUGACAAAACAGAUGAUGACAUUGAACAAUUGCUAGAAUUUAUGCAUCAGCUUCCAGCAUUUGCAAACAUGACUAUGUCUGUAAGAAGAGAACUCUGCUCAGUGAUGAUAUUUGAAGUAGUAGAGCAAGCAGGAACCAUCAUCCUUGAAGAUGGGAAAGAACUUGAUUCUUGGUAUGUAAUUUUAAAUGGAACUGUGGAGAUCAGCCAUCCUGAUGGAAAAACAGAAAGCCUCUGUAUGGGAAAUAGUUUUGGCAUUACCCCUUCACUGGAAAAGCAAUACAUGAAUGGUGUGGUUAGGACCAAAGUAGAUGACUGCCAGUUUGUCUGUAUAGCUCAACAGGACUAUUGGAGAAUUCUAAACCAUGUUGAAAAAAAUACACACAAAGUUGAAGAAGAAGGAGAAAUUGUUAUGGUGAAGGAGCACAGGGAGCUGGAUCGUAGUGGUACGAGGAAGGGCCACAUAGUCAUUAAGGCAACACCUGAACGGCUCAUCAUGCAUUUAAUAGAAGAACACUCUAUUGUGGACCCAACCUAUAUUGAAGAUUUUCUCUUAACAUACAGAACAUUUCUAGCAAGCCCACUAGAAGUUGGAGACAAACUCUUAGAGUGGUUUCAAGUAGACAGUCUCAGGGACAAGGUUACCCGAGUUGUGCUGUUAUGGGUAAACAAUCAUUUUAAUGACUUUGAAGGAGAUCCAGCCAUGACACGUUUUUUGGAAGAAUUUGAAAAAAACUUGGAAAAUGCAAAAAUGAAGGGGCACCUUCGAUUACUAAACAUUGCCUGUGCUGCCAAGGCAAAAUGGAGACAGAUUACAUUGCAGAAACCUUCCAGAGACUCUCCACUUUUCUUCAGCCUACUUGAAGGAAGCGAUAAAGGUUUUGGUAUUUUUGUAGAGACAGUAGAAUCAGGAAGCAAAGCAGCAGAAGCUGGACUUAAACGUGGUGACCAGGUAAUGGAAGUCAAUGGGCAAAACUUUGAGAGUAUUACUUUUGCAAAAGCUAUGGAAAUACUGAGAAACAAUACUCAUCUUUCUAUUACUGUAAAAACAAACAUUUUUGUGUUCAAAGAGCUUCUUAGCAGGAUUGGGCAGGAGAAAAAUGGUGUCCCACAUAUUCCCAAAAUCGCAGAAAAGAAAAACAAUCGCUAUUCUAUCCCAGAUAUUCCUGGAGAUGUAGAACAAAUGUUUCCACGUGAAAAAGGCAGCAAGAAAAUCAAAGCAAAUACUGUAUCUGGUGGAAGAAACAGAAUCAAAAAGAUUUUAGAUAAGACACGAUUCAGCAUCUUACCUCCAAAAUUAUUCAGUGAUGGAAGUGUAAGCCAGUCACAGGAUGACAGUAUUGUGGGCACCAGACAGUGCAGACACAGUGUGGCAAUUAUGCCUAUUCCUGGAACGCUGUCAUCUAGCAGUCCCGAUCUUUUACAGCCUACAACCAGCAUGCUAGAUUUUUCUAAUCCUUCAGCAGUCGGUUUUUACUAUAUUCCAGAUCAGGUUAUAAGAGUUUUCAAAGCAGAUCAACAAAGCUGCUACAUUAUUAUCAGCAAAGACACUACAGCAAAAGAAGUCGUAAAACAUGCAGUGCAGGAAUUCAACUUGACAGGAGCACCGGACACCUAUUCUCUCUGUGAAGUUUCUGUGAGCUCUGAAGGAGUUAUCAAGCAGAGAAGGCUUCCUGAUCAAUUCUCAAAGUUAGCAGACAGAAUUCAACUCAAUGGGAGAUACUACCUGAAAAAUAAUAUGGAAACAGAGACUCUGUGUUCAGAUGAAGAUGCUCAAGAACUGCUUCGAGAAAGCCAAAUAUCCCUUCUACAACUGAGUACCAUUGAGGUGGCUACUCAGUUAUCAAUGAGAGACUUUGAAUUAUUUCGAAACAUUGAGCCUACUGAAUACAUUGAUGACCUAUAUAAGCUUGAGUCUAAAACAGGAAAUGCUAACCUGAAACAGUUUGAGGAUGUGAUUAACCAAGAGACAUUUUGGGUUGCUACAGAAAUUUUAUCAGAGUCAAACCAGCUCAAAAGGAUGAAGAUUGUAAAACAUUUCAUAAAAAUUGCUCUCCAUUGUCGAGAGUGCAAGAAUUUCAACUCUAUGUUUGCUGUUAUAAGUGGUCUUAAUCUGGUACCAGUUGCUCGACUCCGAGGAACAUGGGAAAAGUUACCCAGCAAGUAUGAAAAGCACCUUAGAGACCUUCAAGAUCUUUUUGAUCCUUCUAGAAACAUGGCAAAGUAUCGCAACAUCCUUAGCAGUCAAAGCAUGCAACCUCCAAUUAUUCCACUCUUCCCUGUUGUUAAGAAAGAUAUUACAUUUCUGCAUGAAGGAAAUGAUUCAAAGGUGGAUGGCUUGGUCAAUUUUGAGAAACUCCGAAUGAUAGCCAAAGAGAUUCGUCAAGUCAUAAGAAUGACCUCUGCUAACAUGGAUCCUGCUGUCAUGUUUAGGCAAAGGAAGAAGAGGUGGAGGAGUUUGGGAUCAUUGAGUCAGGGCAGCACAAAUUCAAACAUGUUGGAUGUUCAAGGAGGUGCACAUAAAAAACGUGCCCGGCGCAGCUCCCUUCUAAAUGCCAAGAAGCUGUAUGAGGAUGCUCAGAUGGCUAGGAAGGUUAAACAAUACCUGUCUAAUCUGAAAGUGGAAACAGAUGAAGAAAGGUUCCAAGGAAUGUCACUUCAGUGUGAACCUGCAUAUAGCACUUUGACAAAAAAUGUAAAUGAAAGACGAGGAGCAAAAGUUUCAGAAAUGUCUCCAAUACCAGUCAGAUCUGUUGGUCAAACUGCAAAAGCCCACCUUCAUCAGCAAAACAGAAUGAGUCAAGUUCUUCAAGUGCCAGCUGUUAAUUUAUACCCUAUUAGGAAAAAAGGACCGGCAAAAGACCAUGUUACUUUUGGUGGAGGAUCUCCUCAGAAGUCAAUGAGUUUGUCUGAAGAAGUAAACAGUAAAAAACAAGCAGAUGAUAAUGUAUCUAUGGCGUCUUCAUUGCAUUCCAGUCCCCCUGCUUCUCCUCAGGGCUCUCCACGCAAAGUGGGUAACCCCCAGAGAUCUGAUAACUGCAGCCAGAUUAAUCUUUCUGGCUCUUCUUCAUCACUUGCUAGUGAAACCAGCAACAAGAACAGUGGACAACGCAGCUAUGGAAUAGGCUAUGCCCUCAUACCAUCUGCCAAAUCUGAGAAUUUCUCAGAUUCCAGUCACAGUGAGAUCUCUUCACGGUCCAGCAUUGUGAGCAACUGUUCUGCUGACUCGAUGUCUGCAACCCUUCAGGAUGAAAGAUGCUUGCCUCAGACAGUUGUGGUGGAUUUGGGAGGAACAGCGGAAAGGAAAGAGCACCGUCACCCAUCCCUGGAAUUUAGUCAGCCUUGCACUGGCUGGCCUUUGUCCAGAUCUCCAAUGAUCCGAGGAGUGCCUGUGUCAUCUUCCAUGAGUACCGAGGAGAUCUCCCAUGAUCACAUCAUGAUAGAAGCAGCAGACAGUGGUCGUGGAAGCUGGACUUCUUGCUCCAGUAGUUCCCAUGAUAAUUUCCAAACAAUCCAGAAUCAAAAAGGAUGGGAUCUUUUGAACUCUUACCGCCACACUCAUUUAGAAAAAGCCAUUGCUGAAGUAGAACCAUCAAACUGCUGUCCUGAAGAAGCUCAUUUGCAAUCCAAUGUCCGUCCAAAUAGCAGCAGGCAGUCAAAAGCUGGCAUGGACUUUGACCAAUCCCGGCAGAGCUGGGCUUCUUCAAGUUCCCUCUCAGACACUUACGAAGCAAACUAUGGGACAGUAAAACGAAGAGGACUUGACAAUUUAACAGCAGACCAGACUGAAGUUUUGGACUCCAAAGCCAGCAGCGAUGCAGCUUACAAAACUGUCACUUCAAGUACAGAGAGAGGCCUCAUAGUUUACUGUGUCACCUCACCUAAGGAGGACAAUAGGUAUAGGGAGCCACCGCCCACCCCGCCAGGAUAUAUGGGCAUUUCUUUAGCCGACUUAAAGGAAGGAUCACCUCACCACCCACACUUAAAACCUCCUGACUAUAGCGUGGCGGUACAGAGAUCAAAGAUGCUGCAUAGCAAGCUCUCUAGGCUCUCAUCCGCUCCUCUGAGUAGCGAACCAGUGGCCUGUUUUCCAAAGAAGAUGCCUGAGUGGCAUAGCCGACAGCUGUCCCAUCCUAAACUAGCAGAUAUGACUGACGCAAAUAGUGAAGAGGACGAAGAUGAACAAGUCUCGGCAGUCUAGCCUUUGUGCUUCCCAAGUCACAGUAAGAGGAAGGAUCAUACAAUCCUGUUGGCUGUAGCUGACAGCUUGCUGCUAUUGACUUCAACUGUUGUAUUUGCCUCUGUUCUAAACAAAUUAUGAGCUCUGUUCAAUCUACUAUUGUCAGCUCCACAAUCUAAGAAACCUAUUUAUGUUGGGGAGAGACAAAUCUUUCCAAGGAAUACUGACCCUGUAAUGCAGAAACCAGAAUUUCGGACAGACCUGUAACUUUUAAUGCAUUGGGGCCACCUGGCACUUGGAAGCUUUCUUCGGUAGAAAAUCUUUUGGUAGACCACUCAAAUAUUUUCUAUACCAUUUCAGCUCUCAGUCGAAGAAUGUUAUUUUAUGUACCUACGGAAGAAACUGCAAAGCUUCAGCAAAACCAAGGAAACUUCUGCAGCAAUCUGAAGAGUAAUUUAUUAAUUUGGAAUUUAUAUAAGGUAUUUUUUUUGUACUUGUAUUUGGAAUGCUCUGGUUGGCUAAUGUGAAUGCUUUUAUAAAGAAAAUAAGGUAACAAAUUAUCUUGGUGUUAAUGAAAUGUCUUAUGCUAGCAAAACACUUUUGACUUCUGAAGAAUUGGAUGUUCAUGAGUGCAGCUAGAGGUUUACACACAAUGCAACAUAAACCUCUUUUGUGAAAUGCCAACCCCUCAAGGUGCGUCUUCAAGUAUGUGUUGAUGUACAUACAGUAGUGAAAUGCUGCCAUCUAUUGGUCCUGUAUUUUAAAACUGGUGAAGUACAUGUGACCAUCCUUUUAACUAUCCAAUUGCCUAAAGAAGUACCUGUGUUUCUCUUCCACUUUCCUCUUCUUGCCCUCCAGAAAAAGCAAAUCAUGGUGUCUGUCUACAUUUACAGCACAAUGGGAAGCCCUCCCCUGCAGGUCUCACAGUAACACUUGGAAAGAAGCACAAGGGAGAGUGUGGCUGCUGUGUGAAUUGCCCCUGAAUUUGCAAUCUGUUUCCACUUCACCAAAGCUUGUACUUGAGCAGUACCUACCAUGUCAGAGUAGCCAGCUUGAGGUAUUCAGAAUUUAUGAGUAGUAUUUAAUUUCUGAUGACAGCUGCCCGAACUCCAGUCUGUCUGGAAGUCACAUCUUUUGACCUGCCAAUAUUUGCUUCUGUUCCACAGGGUUGCUUGUGGCUGCUGGGUGGAUGAAGACUUAUUCUGUAUCUACUCCAGUGUACAUUCUGUUUGUAUGGAUUCACAUAAUCUAAGGUGUGAAGUUUUCCAUUUAGAAACAAGUUUUUGGCUAAAUUCCAUUCAGCCUGGGCUUUAACUAAGCUCUGCCUUUGCUGUUAAAUUGUUAAACUUCUCUGCAACUUGAGGGACUUGGACUAAAACUUUGAAAGGUGAGAUUCAUUAUUUCAGUGUUUAGGAUCUGUAGCUCAUCACAAGAUUCAUGGCCAUAUUCUUGAGUAUUUGCACUGUAGAGUAUUUUAUGUUUAUUUUCAUGUUUUUACUACAAAAUGUAUAUUUUAGCUUUUAGAUGAUCCUAGAUUCCCCCCCCCCCCAAAAAAAAUUGAACAGUAAAGUCUUUACACUAAAACAAGCCAGCUAUAGCAAGCUUGAAAUUGAAAUUCAUAUUUCCGUGUAUUGCUAUAGAUGGUGACCCACAAAUGCAUUCGCCAUUGUCAAUAAACAUGAGACGCCUAUUUGAGGAGACUGCCAAGUGAGAAAUGGGCAAGAAAGUUCAUCCCUGCAGUUGUGGUGGGCUUUGGAGGCACUGGACAGCGGCAAGAAGUCUCACUGCUUCUUGAGUGCUUCCAAGGCCUUUGUGUUUGGAGGCAUGAGCCCCCUAACCUAAAAGAAGAACAAGUGAUAACCGAUUAUAUCUCUCUUAUAUUGGAAGAGGAGCAAGAUUGAUAGUGCAUACAAUUUUGGACAAUUUAUCAAGAACCACCAACCUUUAUCUAUAAAUAGACAAAUUUGUCUAUAAAUAGACAAAUAUACUUUGUGGGGAUAUGCUCACAUUCACAUUUACACUGCAGUGGUAAGGGAAAAUUGUUUAUCUCUGUUAUGGUUGCAAUUUUACUUAGCCAACCAGAGUACAUGGAGAAAAACUGGAGAGAUUAUUUUUCUCUCAAGCAAAUAAUGGUGGCCCAUUCAUGGAUAAUAAAUGGAAAUGAAUGCGAGUCUUUCAAGUUUACUAGUAAAUCUUGGUAUCAUAAGUGUUUACAACCUGAGCGAGGAAAAGACACUUGUCAAUUUUGCAGGUGCCUCAAAAUAACUUAUUUUUACGCAAUGUUCUUAAAGAGUUUUGAACUUUUCUUUUGAGCAUUUUUUGGCAGAUAACAAAGCACCAAAAAUAAAUCUGAAACCCUAAAGCUUUCCAUUAUUUUUCCCAUACUGACUUUGGUGCUAGUUCACCAGAGCAUAUGUUUCAGUGAACUUGUUUGCCACUUGGCAUGCUUGUUGUCUAGAUGCCUUGGAACAUGAACUCACACUUCCAUGAAGAAAAGAACCAAGUGGAGAGGCUACCCAAAUCAUACUUUCAUUGGUUGAUCACUUAUCAAUGGUCUUUACUAGCCUUAAGUAUCAGGAAUAAAUAGCUGAGACAAUAUCUGCUUUCUUUUUCCUUCAAGGCCUUAAAUGAAAAUAAUAAUCUUGUAUAGGCCCAAAUGACAUAAUAUUAGCAUUUGAGUGAAGUUGGUAUCUAUAUACACCUGUAGUCCUGGGCAUAACAUCCAGCUAGUACUUCCUGCAUAAACCCCCUUAGGAAUCAAUGGGAGUUCCACAACAGCACAACUCUCAUUCAUUUCACUGUGGCUUGUGAAUCCUAACUUUCUGGUUGAUUGUGUCCACUCGCUACAACUGUAGACACCCAUAGUGGAGGCAGAGAAAAAGCACAUGUGUGGCCAGGUAGAGAGAAAGUUCACGUUGUAGCUAAGCAUUCAGCAAAUGGGAAAAAUUGCUGUUCCCUUUUGAUAUGGCCAAUUGCCUGUGCAGCCAAAAAAAAUCAAAUAUAGUAAAAAAAGUUCAGCAUCUCUAUUGGAACGUGUGUUUCUCCCUAGGAUAUGCUAUGGCUUUCUAAGAUUGUAGCUAUAGUUGCCAAAAAUAAGUUUGUAAGCCCCAAGCCUUAGCUCCGAGCAAAUUCUCUUUGUAUGCGUGUUUGGUAAAUGAUGCAGAACAAGUGCAAAUGUAUUACAGUGAUUUGGGCCAAAUAAUAUAAUCUUUCAGUGACCUCAUAUGUUUAUUCCAGCUUUUAGGAACAAAACUGAAGGAUCAAAGCCUUCUCUCUUGAGAGUAAGCUCUUUUGGAUAGAUAUGCGCAGAGCUCUUCAUACUCAUGCACUGAUCAAAAUCUGAUGCUCUCCAUUGAAACAGUACCUUGGCAUCAAUUGUUCUCGUGAAGUUUUCAGUUGCCACACCAGUAGAAUCAAUAAGCCUCCAUUAAAAAAAUUACAUUGAUUUCAGAACUGGAGCCUGCUUGCUAAUCAUGUUUUAUUAAUAGAAAGCCCGUCUAGUAUAAACAUGCUUUAAAUAAAUAAGCUCUCUUGCACAGUGUGAGUUGCCUCAAUCUGCUCUUGUUCUGACCUUGACAUAUUUGCUUACCUUUUAAAUCAGCUGAUCACAUUCAUCGGGGGACACUAGCCAAAAUGAAGUGAGACUCGGGUGUGUACAAAGAGACAGAAUACCCUUUAAAAAAACAAUGUAUAUUAAAAUUCUCCUUAAUCCUCUUCUAGAAACAUUUAAUUCAUAAACAAAAUAGAUUACUAGCAUUUGCUAUGCUGUUUCCCCUGUUAUAUAACUUCCAUCAUUCAUUUGAAAUGACCAUUUCCUCUCUUUGUACAUAUCAACUCCAUCACUCUUCUUUCUCAUGAUAUAGUAUGAGGUAAUGGAGAUCAAACAGGAUAUAUCUUUAUGUGCACUAAACUGUAACUAAUAUUCAAUUUUGCCUCCGUGUAGUUAUACGAACUAGAAAACCCUGUCUCUUAAUAUGUAAGUGUGACCUGUACAUCACUUUAGCUUACCAGUUGUUUAAUGAUGCUGGACUUAUGAUGUCAGUGAGCUAUAUUGCAAAGUUUUGGUAUCAAAAAGUGUUGCUCUAGGUGUGCUAAUGUUUCCAAAGUAGUGGCUGGAAGGUGUGCAUUUUCUCACGUGCACAUCUUAUCCUGACACACAUUUAUCACCUAAGACAAACAAAAAUAUCGUGUUCCUGCCUAAGGAAUGCUUGUAAUGUCAGCCUGGUGCUAAAGUGGCGGAUUUUGUACAGACCUUAAUAGAGAUGGUUGUUGCGUAGUCAUUUGAAAUCACUUCUUAGGACAUGAUCUUGUUGUGCAGCUGGUGAUUGACAAUAGCAUGGAGCAUCAAAAAGACAGCAUCUGUUGAAUGAGUCCUCUGCAUUAACUCUUCCAAGAAAGUAAAACUCAAAGAAACUUAGUCCAUUCAGGUUUUCAUUCUAAUUAUUUAUUUGUAGGCAACACCACAAAUAACACAAUCAGCAGUUUCCUUAAAUAUUACUUUUAUAAUAAUUGUUUUCCAAUUGCCUUCAAAAACUGAUUAGGAAAAAAGGGAUAUUCUCUUGAGUUAAUGCAAGCCAUUUUAAAAUGGGGUGAGGAAAAAUACAGUUCUUUGCCCCACUCCCCAUUGUGCUUGUCAUUGUCUUGUCCUAAUUUUUGUUAAUAUAUACAUGGAAUGCAGUUAAGCUUGAUAUUAAUGACCUUUUGCAUAUGUGAGCAUAUGGGCAAAAACUGCACAGUUGUAAUGGUAUUCUGAUAGCAAUUGUAACUGCACAAGUCAGUGAUUGUAAAGUAUUCUGUAACAAGCAAUGUUUGUCUUCUAUUUUUUGAUACCUCUUACACUUAUGUCUUUUAGAAAGACAGUGCCUCUGUAUGCUUUUUUGUAUUUUUACUGAGUGAUUGUAAAUAUUUGUUAUAUUUUUGGUUAAGAGAAUGUUUAAAAGUACUGUUUAAUAUCCAAUCUACUAAUGUUGUCAGAACCAAUAAACGACUUACUUAACAUGAAA